CACAAUAUUAUGAUACAAAUACAAAAAAACUGUAUCGCAGCUUAUGAAAUACCGUAUAAAAACCUUGUUUAUUUAGUCACUUCGGGAAUAGAUUCUUAUUAAAAAUAAAAUGGUCGUAUUGACACAAGUUCUAGGUUAUACGAAUAAGUUGCCAAGAAAAUUUAGGCGUCGUGGACUGAUAGAUUCUUUACGUAUUCAUGUAAAAGGGGGUCCUGGGGGUUCUGGACUCUGUCGUUAUGGUGGAAGAGGUGGAACAGGAGGCAGCGUGUAUGUCGUAUCAGAAGAGGGAUUUACUUUGGAAAAAGUUAAAUCCACGAUUAAAAAUGUAAAACUAAAAGCAGGGCCAGGCGGUGAAAGUACAUCAAGGGGGAUCAUUGGUAUACCUGGAACAGAUUUAAAUAUAAAUGUUCCAGUUGGUAUUACAGUUUACGAUGAAAACCAUAUUAAACUUGGUGAAUUGAAUUCUAAAGGUGAAAAAGUCAUGGUUGCAAAGGGUGGUAUUGGAGGUUGCCAAAAUACAGGAUUCUGUGGACUCAGAGGUGAAGAUCGAGCCAUAAUUCUGGAUCUUAAAUUAAUCGCUGAUGUUGGCUUAGUUGGCUUUCCUAAUGCAGGAAAGAGUACAUUUUUAAAUGCUGUUUCCAAAGCAAAACCCAAAAUUGCUAGCUACCCAUUCACAACAAUGAGACCACAAAUAGGUUCCGUAAACUACAAAGACCACAGACAAAUCUCCAUUGCAGAUUUGCCUGGCUUAAUUGAAGGUGCUCAUGCUAAUAUGGGCUUAGGUCAUAGGUUCUUAAAACACAUAGAAAGAACAAAACUGUUAUUAUUUAUUGUGGAUAUUGAGGGAUUCCAACUGUCUCCUAAAUAUGUACAUAGGACUUGCUUGGAAACUGUACUUUUGUUGAACAAAGAAAUUGAACUUUAUAAACCUGAUUUACUAGAAAGACCCUCAAUGCUUAUAGUAAAUAAAAUGGACACAAAAUGUGCAAAUAAAAUUUAUGAUGAAAUCAAACCAAAAUUAAGUAAUUUAUCAGAGGCAGUAUCAGAAUUUGAUGAGUCUAUGCAACCAGAGAAUCUUUUACAAUUCGAUGAUAUUGUGCCGACGUCUUUAAUUUCGAAACACACAAAUGAGAUACAGGAUAUCAAAGAAAAAAUUCGAGAUAUUAUUGAUAAAUACGAAGACGAAAAACUUCAUCUGAAAGAUACUGAUUCGACAGAAGAUUUUUUACUGACAAAGUUGAAGAAAAGUACACAACGAUAUGCACCCACACUUGUAUAG